AUGAUGGAGUCGAUUCCAUCGCCAUCGCCCGCUCCAGCACCAGUCGUAGCGCCAAUAUACUCGGACGCCAGCGGCCAAAGUACUCAAUCAAUGUUCACAAGUAAUGACAGUAUACCUAAUAUAUUCUUUGGCAAAGGCCCGAUAAAGUCAAGAUUAAAGACAUUUGGACAUAUGUGUAAGCGACAGCGCACUUUGGAAGAGUACCUACAAGUGACUCAGACAACUCCAGAAGUACCCCUGGCCAAAGAGCACGACCUCUCUACCACAUCCACCUCGGAGCCGAUGGUCACACAUCAACCUCACCUUCGCAAAUGUCUCAACUUAUUCGAUCUCCUUGCAUUUGGUGUUGGCUCAAUCAUUGGCUCAGGUAUCUUUGUGUUGACAGGUGUGGCAGCACGCGACUAUGCUGGCCCCGCCGUCAUCUUUUCAUUCCUGGCAUCUGGAUUUGCAUGUUGUCUAUCAGGUCUGUCCUAUGCCGAGUUUGCCACUCGUGUGCCAGUCUCUGGAUCAACAUACAGUUACUCAUACAUUGUUGUUGGCGAGAUGGUUGCAUGGAUCAUUGGUUGGGAUCUCACACUAGAGUAUAUGAUAGCCAGCGCGACAGUGGCACGAGGCUGGAGUGGCUAUCUCAAUCAGUUGAUCAAAUCAUUUGGAGGCUCAGUGCCGCAUCCACUCGACCCAUACUACAUCAGUGAUAGUAUAUCAAUUGAUUUAAUUGCCAUGCUAUCUGUAUUGGUGUUGACUGCAGUCGUUGCCUUUGGAAUGAAGGAAUCAGCUCGAUUCAACAAAGUAUUCGUCGUGGUCAAGAUCAUCGUAGUACUCUUUGUCAUCAUCGCCGGUUCAUUCAAGACCAACACAAACAACUGGACACCAUUCACUCCAUUUGGUAUCCGUGGUAUUUUCAAUGCUGCAGCCAUCACAUUCUUUGCCUACCUUGGGUUUGACUCUAUAUGUAAUGUGGCUGAGGAGGUAGAGAAGCCUCAGAGGGACAUACCCAUUGGUAUCCUUGGAUCACUUGGCAUCUCCACAGCACUCUACUUUAGUGUCAGUGUCGUGAUCACACUAAUGGUCAAGUACAGCGAUAUGGAUGUCAAUGCACCUUUAUCAGCAGCGUUUGCAUCAUAUGGGUGGAAGUGGGCAGAGGUGAUUGUGGCUGUUGGUGCAUUUGCAGGUUUGACUACGGCACAACUUGGUGGAUUGAUCAGUCAGCCAAGAUUAUAUUAUUCACUGAGUAGGGAUGGAUUGCUACCAAAGAUCUUCUCAUAUAUACAUCCCAGGUUCAAGACACCAUUCUUUUCAACAUGGCUAACAGGAAUAUGUGCAUCAAUCAUUGCACUAUUCUUUGAUAUCAAAGUAUUGGCUGACAUGGUAUCCAUUGGAACACUCCUAUCCUUCACCCUAGUGUGCGCAUGUGUAUUGGCCAAGAGAUAUCCAGUCCUCAAGGAUCGAAAGGACUCAAAUGCCAGAUGGAUUGUCAAGUACUUGCCAGCAGUGUUGCAACGUCCUAUUUACUUGUGUAUUGUUAUUGCAAUCUUUGCAGCGAUAUGUUCGGCUGGAUAUAUACAUUAUAUGCAUUGGUCAGUCAGUCUGGUGUUUGGAGUGCUUGGAUUGAUACCCAGUAUAACCAUCUUCUUCUUGGUACCCUGUGAUAUACCCGUUGGCUUCAAAUGUCCUCUCGUGCCACUCGUACCCAUACUUGGCAUCUGGGUCAAUGUCUACUUGAUGAUGUCACUCAGUUGGCAGACCUGGAUCAGACUAGUGGUCUGGCUGUUCAUUGGCCUGCUCAUUUACAUAUUCUACGGUCAGAAGCAUAGCAAUGCUGGACGAUACAUCCAGAUGAACACCUUUGGCAACACCAGCCCCGGCGACGACUUCUCAGACGACAUGGACGACAAACUGGGUGACACACCUCAAGACAAGCUGGCUGAUGGAGAUCCGACCACUGCCAAUGCCAACGCAAUGUUGUUGCCCGAGGCAGGACUCGGUCUGGACCAACAGAAUGAGUUACUAGUGUCUUCAGCGUCAGAGUCAGAGAACUCACCAACAUCAUCAUACUCAUCGGAUAUCAUGGACGACGAAGAAGACCAACUCGACGACCACGGCAACAUCCUACAAAGAAGGAAUGUAAUAGUAACCUACAGGGUCACUGGAGGUGGAGAGGGCAAUGAUGGCAGGACGACGCCACCGCCACCUCCGCACCCGUGA